UCACUUUUUUCUUCAUUGGUGAUUUUAUUGCGAGAUCUCUGCAGUCAUGUCUGAAACGGCGCCUGCUGUGGCAGUUGCUGCUGCUGCCCCAGCUCCAGCCUCAAAGGCUCCGGCCAAGAAGGCGAAGAAGACUGGGGCAGCCAAAGCGCGCAAGGCUUCGGGUCCCAGCGUCACUGAGCUGAUCACCAAGGCGGUGGCUGCCUCCAAGGAGCGCAAAGGCGUCUCUCUGGCAGCUCUCAAGAAAGCUCUGGCGGCCGGAGGCUACGAUGUGGAGAAGAACAACAGCCGCAUCAAACUGGGGCUCAAAAGCCUGGUGAGCAAAGGGACUCUAGUGCACACGAAGGGCAUUGGCGCGUCUGGCUCCUUCAAACUGGGCAAGAAAUCUAGCGAGGGGAAGGAGAAGGCCCCCAAGAAGAAGCCCGCCAAAGCCAAGAAGCCCGUGGCUAAGAAGGCCGCCGGGACAGUGAAGAAGCCCAAGAAGCCUGCGGCAGCUGCCAAGAAGAGCCCCAAGAAGCCCAAAAAGCCCGCAGCUGCCAAGAAGGCGGCCAAGAGCCCCAAGAAGGCAAAGCCUGUCAAGCCCAAGAAAGUGGCGAAAAGCCCUGCCAAAGCGAAGGCGGUGAAGCCCAAGACGGCGAAAGCCAAGACUGCCAAACCCAAGGCGGCAAAGGCGAGGAAGGCGGCGCCCAAGAAGAAGUAAACCUCUGGACAGUGUGUUUUGCAAAAACCCCAAAGGCUCUUUUAAGAGCCAC